GUGCGGGGACUGGACCAUGUGGCAGAGGCAGCUGGCGCUGCUGGUGCUGGUGGUGACCACCUGCGGAGAGCUCGCGGUGGCCCUGCGAUGCUACACCUGUCUCGAGCCCACCGCCGUGGCCAGCUGUGUCACCAUCGUCACCUGCAAGGCCAACGAAACCAUGUGCAAGACGACACUCUACUCCCUGGAGUUAGUGUACCCCUUCCUGGGGGACUCCACGGUGACCAGGUCCUGCGACAGCAAGUGUGUGCCCUCGGCUGUGGACGGCAUCGGCGUGACCCGGCCCGUGUCCUGCUGCAACAGUGACCUGUGCAAUGUGGACGGGGCGCCCGCCCUGGGCAGCCCCCGCCUGGCCUUUGCCCUCGUGCUUAUCCCCUUCUUGAGCCUCGGAUUCUAG